UGCAGGCGCUGGAAUAAAGCGAUAACGCUUUAUUGCGCAGCAUCGUCCGUCCAUUGUGCAGACCAAACGUCCAGUAGCGCUGACCUGCCGAGAUGGCUGACAACAGAGAUAAAACUACUGAUCAAAUGAAAACAUGGAAGGAGGCCAGAGGCUCUCAGAGGACGGACAUACUGACCACAGGGGCUGGCCACCCCAUCGGAGACAAGCUGAACCUGCAGACUGCAGGACACAGGGGCCCCCUGUUGGUCCAAGAUGUUGUCUUCACAGAUGAGAUGGCCCACUUUGACCGUGAGCGAAUCCCAGAGAGGGUGGUGCAUGCCAAAGGGGCAGGGGCGUUUGGCUACUUUGAGGUGACUCAUGACAUCAGUCGCUACUGCAAGGCCAGGGUGUUCGAGCACGUCGGCAAGAGUACACCUAUCGCCAUCCGCUUCUCCACUGUGGCUGGUGAAUCAGGAUCAGCCGACACUGUGCGAGACCCCCGGGGCUUCGCAGUCAAGUUUUAUACUGAAGAUGGCAACUGGGACCUGACAGGCAACAACACCCCCAUUUUCUUCAUCAGGGACGCCAUGCUGUUCCCGUCUUUCAUCCACUCCCAGAAGCGCAAUCCCCAAACCCACAUGAAAGACCCCGACAUGGUGUGGGACUUCUGGAGCCUCAGGCCUGAGAGUCUGCAUCAGGUGUCUUUCUUGUUCAGUGAUCGAGGUUUGCCUGACGGCUACCGUCACAUGAACGGCUACGGCUCUCACACCUUCAAACUGGUCAAUGCUGACGGUGAGCGGGUCUACUGCAAGUUCCACUACAAGACCGAUCAAGGAAUAAAGAACCUGACAGUCGAGGAAGCAGAACACCUGGCUUCCACCGACCCAGAUUAUGCCAUUGGAGACUUGUUUAACGCCAUUGCCAACGGCAACUACCCGUCCUGGACCUUCUACAUCCAGGUCAUGACCUUUGAGCAGGCCGAGAAGUUCCAGUUCAACCCCUUCGAUCUUACCAAGGUGUGGUCACAUAAAGAAUACCCUUUGAUCCCCGUGGGCAAAAUGGUGCUGAACAGGAACCCGAGCAACUACUUUGCAGAGGUGGAGCAGCUGGCCUUUGACCCCAGCAACAUGCCCCCGGGCAUCGAGCCGAGCCCCGACAAGAUGCUGCAGGGUCGUCUCUUCUCCUACCCAGAUACACAUCGACACAGGCUGGGUGCCAACUACCUGCAGAUCCCCGUCAACUGCCCCUUCAGAGCCCGCGUGGCCAACUACCAGCGCGAUGGUCCGAUGUGCAUGUCUGACAACCAAGGUGGCGCUCCAAACUACUAUCCCAACAGCUUCAGUGCCCCCGAGACCCAGCCCCGGUUUAUGGAGUCCAAGUUCAAGGUGUCUCCAGAUGUGGCACGUUACAACAGUGCAGAUGAAGAUAAUGUCACACAGGUUCGUGCCUUCUACACCCAGGUGCUGAAUGAGGAGGAGCGCCAAAGACUUUGCCAGAACAUGGCAGGGGCCCUGAAGGGAGCCCAGAUCUUCAUCCAGAAACGCAUAGUCGAGAACUUGAAGGCUGUGCAUCCAGACUAUGGAAACAGGGUCCAGACCCUUCUCGAAAAGUACAAUGAGGAGGCGAAGAAGAAGACAAAUGUGCGUGUUUACAGCCGUGCAGGAGCCUCAGCCAUCACUGCGUCCUCCAAGAUGUGAUGCAUGAGUUUCCAGUGGGGGGGCAACCCCCUCGUCCACUGAAGAGCAGACACCCCAAUGAUCAGCUGCUACUACCAGUAACAAGAUUGAACUUAAGCUUUCCAAUGAUCAUCAGUGAUGAGACUGAAAUUCUAACCUUGUAGUGUGCGUGUUGUGGUCCGUUUAUUUUUAACUCGGACAAUCUAAGUGGUUGAUUUUGGUGGGUUUUUUUUUUUUCAAAUAUUCACAAAGCUAGCCAUGUUCAGGAGGCUAUUGAGCUCUGAUAAAUAAGCCUGCGAGGUUAAUUUGUGUUGAAUGAACUGCAGCUUUGAAAAGAUUCACCAGGAUUUGUUUGUUUUUUACAAAUGAACACAUAUACCACCGCGGUGUCUAAGGUCAACUGAUGCCUGGUUAUGCCAAAAACAUGACUUUGACCACAUGGAGCCUUAAAAGCAAUUUAAAAUAAUUUUAUUUGCAUUUUGAAUAGAAUACAUUGAAUGGAUUGACCUCAAUGUCUGUUAAGUGCUGUGAUGGGUGAUUAUUGUUUCCAAUUCCAAUUCCCCAGGCCAUGUGUGCACCGCCAAGCUGAGAUGAUCCGACCCUUUUGUUGAUGUGAAAAUAAAACCAGCUACAGCUUCAAAACUUCAAAUCAAACCCAAAUGUGUACAAAAAACUAUUGUCACUUCUGACAUAUACUGUGUAAAUCUUGAAUGUGGCUUUGUGUUAGUAAAAUACCUUAAUUUUUUAUGCAGGAUUGAUCGCCUUGUGGCUUUGCUAGUAUUCGCCAAUAUCUUUGGCAGUCAUCAGAUUUGACUGGCUUUUCUUAUGUUUUACUGAACCACCGAUAAUUUGAAUGCAUUACAAACAAUAAUAAUGAAAACAGUAACAGCAAGGGCUACUAUUAUUCAUUUCCUUGUGGAUGUCUCUGUAUCUUAUCAGACAAUUGAUUCAUGAAGAGGAAGUUUGAAGAUGAGCAAAUAUUUUUAGUACAGCUAAACCUUCAUUGUGCCUUUUGUGAACUCAAUAUAUAAAAUCCAGGUUACAUAAACCUUAAACAACAUAUUGUUUUAGACUCACCAGAGCCGCUGUUGUGUUGGUCACUUUCAUCGUGGUAAGAUGCUCGAGAGAUCGUCAACAGGAUGCAAACAAUCAAAUGCAUCACCAUCCAAAAUGAACUGUCGAUGUGACCUGCUGUUGUUGUAUUUGUAACUUCUAAAAUGUUCUUGAUCAUAAUGUAAAUGAUUUUUUUUUUUGAAUAUUCAAGGUGUAAACCUCUUUCAGAUGUUUCUUUAGUGCCUGUAUUUAAUCUGUACUCAAUGCUUAUCGGCAGCUUUCUUUGGUCUUUUCAUUUAAAGCGUGUUUGCAUCUUCAUGCAUCUGAUAACACAGUUUGUGACGAUAAACUGAAAUGCACUCAGGCUGAUUGCACAUUAAAAUAAAAUGCUUUUGUUCAGUUUGA